GUGUUUACUUUUUCGCUUUUUCUUCUUGUCAGGGAUUUAGCUUCAGUUUUUAAUUUCAUUCUGCCCACUUCCUGAGGAAAAGAAAUCCAAUGUCAGCGAUAGACACAGCGCCGUCGGGAGAUGCCGACACAAUCUGGGCGUACCUGGUUGACGGCAUUGACCACAUUCUGCUCAAGAGCAACGAGGGCUUCGAGUACAAGCGGUACAUGAACCUCUACACCGGAGUUUACAACUACUGCACUACGCUCCGGACGAGCAUACCCUUGACGUUCUCCACGGUUGUGCCAGACAUGGCGGGCAGCGGUGCAAUGCUAUUUGGCGAGCAGCUGUACAAGCGCCUGCAGGAGCACAUCAGCAUCUACAUGGACGGAGUCGCUGCAUCGUCUGCCGAUUUCACCGGCGACGCUCUGCUGGCAUUCUAUACUGCGGAGUGGAACAAGUACGUGGACUCGGCCAAGAUCAUCCACAAUAUCUUCUCGUACCUGAACCGGCACUGGAUCAAACGCGAGCAGGAGGAGGGCAACGCAGUCAACGAUGUCAACACGAUGAUGCUGCACCUGUGGCGCGAGCACUUGUUCAAAAAGGUGCACAAGUCGCUGCUGGAGUCGGUGUUUAGGCUGAUCAAGCAUGUGCGCGACGGCCAGGUAGCGGACGUGGGUAUGGUCAAGAGCGUGGUGGAUUCGUUUGUGUCGCUGGGGUUGGAUGAAAUUGGCACAAACUCGAACCGCAAGAUGGAGGUGUACGAAAAAUACUUCCAGGAGCCGUUCCUGGCCAUGUCCACUGAGUACUACGAGGCUGAGAGCGCACGUCUGCUGCAGGAGGGCACGAUCCGCGACUACAUGGUCAAGAUUGCACAGCGGCUGCAGGAGGAGGACGACCGCGCCCUGAUGUACUUGCACCCAGACAGCGUGGUGCCGCUCAAGAACGCGCUGAAUGCUGCGCUCAUUGGCAAGCACCGCGAGGAGCUGAUUCAGCAGUUCCAGCCGAUGCUGGUGGCGCUGGAGAAGGACGACCUGCAUCGCCUGUACACGCUGCUGCAGCGGCUUGAGGAUUCUGAGGGGCUCGAGCCGAUGCGCAGGACAUUCACUGAGUACGUAACCAACGCCGGCCGUGAGGCGAUCAAGCAGAUCAGUGGCAGCGAAGAUAUCAAAGCGGGUAAUCUGGCUGCCGAGUCGCGGCUCUUUGUCGAGUCGUUGCUGCGCGUGCACGACCUGUAUGCCAAGAUGCUGCGCGAGUCGUUUGACGACAACCCAGGGUUCAGCCGUGCCCUGGACAGCGCGUGCAAGGACUUUGUGAACACUAACGGGUUGUGCGCGUCAGGACAGAGCCGGGCGCCGGUGCUGCUCGCGCAUUACUGUGACUCGCUGCUCAAGAAGGGCGGUGCACGCAAGGCAGGCGGCGCUGCUGCUGUUGCGGCCAGUGGUGGCGCCAAUGACGAAGGCGACCUGGAGGCAUUGCUGUCGCAGGCGAUUGUUGUGUUCCGGUACAUCAAGGACUCAGACGUGUUCCAAAAGUUCUAUUCCCGGUUCCUGGCGCGGCGGCUGGUUAACGAGCAGAGCGUGUCGAUUGAUAGCGAGGAAGCGAUGAUCUCGAAGCUCAAGGAGAUCUCGGGCGUCGAGUUCACCAGCAAGAUGUCGCGCAUGUUCCUGGACAUGUCGCUGAGCGGCGAAAUGAACGACGCGUAUUCGCAGAGUAUCGAUGGUGGGUUCGAGGUGCCGUUCAACUUUAACAUGAAGGUGCUGCACUCUGUGUCAUGGCCACUCAGUCUGCCGGCCACGCAGCCGCAGCUGCCGUCGCAGGUGGCCCAGGUCACGGACAGCUUCAACCGGUUCUACCAGCUCAAGCACAACGGACGCAAGCUCGACUGGCUCUGGCAGCACUCCAAGGCCGAGAUCAAGAUGUUCUUCCCGCGCGCCACUGGCCCGGCAGCCAAGGCUGGGUACACGUUCCAGGUGACCACAUACCAGCUCGCCAUUCUGAUGCUGUUCAACGAGGAGUCUGGACCGGGAACCGGAUACGACUCGCCCAACGGCCCAACUCUGACGUGGGUCCAGAUUGCAGGAGCCACGGGUCUUGAUGACGAUACCAUCGAAGGUGAGAUGGACGUGCUGUGCAAGGCGCGCGUCCUGUCCUGCAGCACGCCCAAGCCUGGCAAGGGGUCGCGGUUCACGCUGAACGGCGGGUUCAAGUCGAAGAAGCUGAAGAUGAACCUGGCGGGCACGAAGAAGCCGGAGCAGAAGCGCGAGAAUAAGGAAACGAUGAAGUCGGUGGAGCAGGACCGCAGGUACCAGAUCGAGGCGGCCAUUGUGCGUAUCAUGAAGGCGCGCAAGACGCUGGCGCACCGGCAGCUGGUGCAGGAGACCAUCUCGCAGAUCAAGCUGUUCCAGGCCCAGGUGCCGGACAUCAAGCAGGCCAUUGAUGCGCUGAUUGAGCGCGAGUACCUUGAGCGCGACGCCGACAGCCGCGACGUGUACAAGUACCUGGCAUAG